AUGGUGGCCUUUUUGCAGGGACUCGUGACCAACGGCAAAUCUAAAGGUGGGGCCAAGAACACCUUGUGCGCCUUGAAGUUUGUUGCUACAUUGAUGGGUUGGCAAAACUGGGUUGACAUGCUUUCCAAACCUGUUGUGACGGUUUGGUGUGAUUCAUCAAUGUCCCGUCAAGCACGGAAAGAAGCUUUGCCUUUGCCUUUAUCGGUAAUUGCAGCCUUUGAAGCGCGCAUUCACGAAGACCUGGCCGUUGGUGCAACUCAGGAAACUAUGGCCCUAGUAGCCUUUUUAGUGAUGUUUUGGGGGGCGCUUCGUUUUUCUGAUCUUCAGCAAGUUGAACGUGAUUCUUUGCAAAUAGAAAAUAGCAUUGCUCGUGGCCGCUGUUAUCGCUGCAAAUCGGCAAAGGAUGGCAUGCCGUUUGGCUUGCUGUGUUUUGGAAUUUUCUCUACUUGGGAUGCCGGGCUCCGGCGUUUGUGCGAAGCUAUGAAGGAAUGCGAUUUUCUUUUGGCAGGUCCACGAGGUCAAGCGACUGGGACCCUGCAUCGGAUGCAGAAACUGAGGUGCUCCUUGGGACUAUGUGUCCCUGUUUUGUUGCUGGGGCCGAAAGUGUCCCUGUUGGUGGAGCCUCAGGUGUGCUCCUUGGGAUUGUGUGUCCCUGUUUUGUUGGUGGGGCCGUGUGUGCCCCUGUUGGUGGAGCCGCAGGUGCUCCUUGGGACCGUGGUCCCUGUUUUUUGUUGGUGGAGCUUCAAGUAUUGCUUUCAUUUUCUCUGUGCUGCAAUGGAUUCGGCUGCUUCAUUUGCAGCUUUAUGCGCCAAAGUCAAGCUAGCAGAGAAAGUCUGUGCUGCGUUGGAGCCUUUGGGUUUCAAGAGCCCUGCUGAGUUCUAUUGGGCACUCAAAGAUGGGGCGGAUGAUACCAUUGAAGCAAUUCUCGAUGCCGCUGGAAUUGAUCUUUCAUCGGCCCCCUCGAAACUUCAGUGUGUAGAAGCUGGACGAUUGCGUCGUCUGUUGUCAGAAUGCAAGCUUAUGUGCGAAGCCCCGCAGCCUGGCCCACCAACGCCAGCUGAAAAGAUGGCCCCUUCACUUCUUGGCAUGGAUGUAGGGCCUCGGUUGUCCGGUGAUGUGUUACAACAGCUUUGGUCUGAAUUUGCAAAGAAAUACCCGGCAGAGGUAGUAGAGGGCGAUGCUCGCCCCGGGAAAGCAUUGGUGCAAAUGGUUUAUGCGCAAAAAUGUCAACAAGAGUUGAAAUACAUUCCUUGGAAAAGGAUCUUGAGUGAAGCCCAAGCAGACCGAGUCAAGCAAGGUUCUACCAAGCGAGAUCGUUCCUUUUUAGACCUGCUGGCGGAUGCGGCAGGGCACGCUGACCCACCCGAGCAAGAGCCAUCUCCUUCGCCGUUUGGGGUUCAACGCCUGUUGAUGUUGCGUGCGGUGGCAUGGGCCUUGAUAGGAUGGUGUCAUUUAGGAGGAGCUCGUCGCCUAGUUCACGCUUUCAUGGAACUGUAUGGUGCUCAUGGCUUGCAUGCAGUGGGCCUGCGGGGUCCCUCCUUGGUUGAAGCUGAAGCGGCAGAUGGGGAGAUCUGUCGCCAAUUGAAUGCGCUGCUGGGCGCUGGCUUCAGCUUAGAUCAAGCCCUACAUGAACUAGUUGCCGUGCGAAAUUGUCUUCACAUUUGGUUGCAGCCGAAGCCAAAACUGCUGCCGCAAUCCGAUUUGUACAAUAAGAAAGGGAAGCGGCCGUUGCCACAACCUGCUGGGAAAUCUGCGAAGAUCAAAAACGCGCAUACUCCAGGGCUGGAGGCGCCCCGUGCAAAAAAGGUAUGCUUUGCAUUCAAGAAGUCUGGCAAAUGUGACAAUCCAUCUGUGUGUCAUCGGCAGCCGCCUGCAGAAGCAGAGGUGAUGACAAGGUUUGAAUCUUUGGCUAUGGAAUGGCGUCUAGUUCCCUGCCUGAUGGCGCACGUCUCUAACCCCACGGAUGCUGAGCUGCUUUCUGCUGAAGAAGUGUUACACUUGCGUGAAGAGAUUGUUGGUUUUUUGCGUAACCAUGGUUUUUCUUGCAACGGUGAUGUCGAACCCAAUCAGCCUUUUCUGCUUUCCGUUUGGCAAGCUUUGGCCAAGAUGACUGUUGAUGUUGAUCCACAUCUUCCCAACAUUCUUUCAGAAGGGGUUCCUACAGGCAUCGAAUCCCCGAUUUCACCUUCUGGUGUCUGGGAUGCAGUAGAUUUUGAUGGAAUGGCACCUGAGCCUGAGCUGGUUCCUUGUGAUCUUUUGGUUCACCUUGAGCCUUGGCGCUCGGCAGCUGAAGAUUUACCCCUGGCAAAACAGUUGCUUCAAAAGGAUAUUGACGCUGGUUGUCUCAUGCAUUUACGUGGAGGUGAAGCGGAAGCGAAGGAACGCUGGGGGGACAAGAUUGCUGCAGGUAAAUUGGGCUUGGUGAAAAUCCCGGGCAAGAAACCACGGUUGAUUGGCGAUGCCACGGUUUCUGGUGCAAAUUCGCGCUGCGUGAUUCUGGAAAAGAUUCGCUUGUCCACUUUGAGCUGCGUGCAAAGAGUUGCUAGCGCAACGCCGCUUGACAAACUUUUUUCUGCCUUUUCCUUUGAUAUUCGUGGAGCCCACAAGCUAAUUCGUGUACGACCUGCAGAACAAGGGUAUAGCACUUUUGUUUUAGAUGGAGAAUGGUAUACCUACCGAACCUGUUUUUUUGGCUGCCGCUGGGCGGCUUACUGGUUCUCGCGUGCUUCUUCAUUUCUUGUGCGACUCUUGCAUCGCUGGGUUUGGAUACCACACGCAUUGUGGGUAUAUGUUGAUGAUGGCCUCCUCUUGCUUCCCGCUGAUGUGGCGCCGCUGGUUGCAACUACUUCAUUGAUGUUCUUGCUGUCGAUCGGUAUGCCGAUCAGUUGGGAAAAAUUGCAACUGGGCAGUGCUAUUUCCUGGAUUGGGUGGGAUUUCCAUUUUUCCAAUGCUACAGUUUGUUUGCCUAACGCGAAGAAGCAGAAGUUGCAGCAGUUGCUUUCUUGUCUCCUGGUAGAGAACCGGCGGGUUGAACGUAAGCUGGUGGAGCAAGCUAUCGGCCUUUUGCUCUGGUAUUGCGGGGGUGCUUCAUGGCUGAAGCCGUGGCUGCAAUGCUUAUAUAACUUAUUGUUCAAACCCUUGUGUGUAUUUCGUGCCUUGUUGCCCGCGCAAUUUGAAUGCAUGCGUGGCUCACUGGACCCCAAUCUACGUUUGAAGCAUAGCUUUUCGCAGUGGGACUUACAGCAGGGUUGGAAGUUACAUUCAGUAAGUAACUGUGCUGUGCGUGCGCUGAGCGAUGUCCCGCUUCAGACUCCGCGUUUGAAACGUGGUGCAAUUGAUUGCGUUUUCUAUGACUAUAGCAGUGCCAAGGUGCGAACCAACAAGAUCUCGAUCGAUGCGGUGGAACAUGGCUUCGGCGCUGCUGAUGCAUUUGCUGAUUCUUCAUCUUGCGGUGUAGGAGGAUGGUGGUGCCCCUCUCACGUGGCUCCAUCCCCACAAACUGUUUUGUGGUUUAGUAUUCAGUUUCGCGCCAAAGAUCUUCCAGCAUGGUUACAGUCCGAAAAUUUGCAGUCAUUCAUUGCAUCUUUUGAAGCUUUGGCACAGCUGCUGCUUUUGCUGGGGCGACUUCGGCAUUUCACACAUCCAGGAAAUGCGACAGUGGUUUUGCAACAACUGUGUGACAAUAAUGGCGUGGUGGCAUUGACUCGCAAACAGUUGACCAUGAAGGCACCCAUGUGCUAUGUGCUGCAAGCGAUUGGGUUUUAUUGCUGUCAGCAUGGUGUAUCUUUGUCAUCGCAGCAUGGUGCGGGUGUUCGCAAUGAGUGGGCUGAUGCCCUGAGUCGUGGCUGCUAUGAAAAUUUCAACGCAGCUAAUAGAAUGGAGUUUGAUGUGUGUUCCAUUCUUGAAAAGCCUUGGAAUGGCGCCGGGCACACUGCGUGUGGGAAGUUGUGA